UCAUGACAAAUAAUUUCAAAAUUCCGGAUAUGCUACUAGGAAAUGACAUUAACUAGUAUAAAAAGUACACAAAAUUUAUUAUUGAUACUGAUGCUGGAGGAGAUGAUGCUCAUGCAAUUAUGAUGGCAUCCUACAUACUUAAAUAUAUAAGAAAAGAUGCUGAAUUAUUAGGGAUUACUUGUGUUUCCGGAAAUGCCAGUUUGUACAAUGUAAUAAAAAAUGUAUACAUAACAUCCCGUUAUUGUCACUUUGAUGAAUUCCCAAAAAUUUAUAAAGGAUGUGAAUUUGAUAGCAUGAGAAAAUUUCAUAGAGACUUCUUCUUUAAAGAGGAUGGAUUUGGAGGAGUACAAAAUCAAUAUUUAAAAGAACUGAAUGUUAAUGAAAAUUAAUAAUUGUAUGAAAAUUAACAUGCUGUUGAUUUUCUAAAAGAAAGCAUUGAAAAAUAUUAAGAGGAGUUAUGUAUAAUUUGUAUAGGUCCUCUUACAAAUAUAUAUAUAACAUUACUUUAACAUCCUUAAAUUAUAAAUCAAUUAGGAUGUUUAUUUUGUAUGUGCGGAACAUAUAUGGGAAUUGGGAAUCAAUUGAAUGGAAUAGCUGAAUUUAAUAUUGCUACUGAUGUAUUGGCAACCAAAAUGGUUUUGUAGGCAGAUUUUAAGAAUAAAAUAAUAUUACCAUUUGACACUGUAUUAUCAUAUUCUUUGAAUAAAGAUGUAGGAAGUAAAAUAUUUAAUGUUCAAUACAAUAAAAUAGCUAAAUUAAUUCAUGAUAUCUAUGAAAAUGUAGUAUUUGAAACUUGUUAUUAUUUAUGUGAUGGUAAUGAUUAUUUGCAUAUCAUAGAAUUGGCUAUAGUAAUGGCUAUGAUGCCAGAAACCAUUACUCAAGCAUUAUUAAGAGGCAUACACAUAGUUGAAGAUGGUUUCGCCAGAGGGGGAAUGAUAGUGGAUUGGAUAAAAAAGAUGAAAAAGGAAGAUACAUCUUAAGUGGCAAUAGUCACAUAAUUUAAUUGGGAUUAAAUGGUUGGAUUAGCUUUAAAAACAAAUUAAGAAUGA